UUGUCACUUGCGCUCAUGGUUUCUGGUUUCUGGUUUCUGGCUUCGUUUGACAUCCAGUGGAAGUGGAAGUUUGGCGUUGCUGUGGUAACGGGGUCGUCCGUUUCAACGCGAGAUUUCACGAGUUCUCGUUUUGCCCCCCCAAAUCCCGUCCGUCAUCAAACAAUCAUGGCGAGCUACCCAGAGGCGCCCUUGGUCUCACGGCCAAAAACACUGGACCCGAAAGAGUAUUUCAACAUCUCGACGGAGCACCGACGUAACGAAGAGGCCAGGGCUGCACUGCGAGCGAACCUGAAGAGGGAAUACCAGACACAGCUCAACAACCCGCACAGAAAAGAGCUCAUCGAAGACCCUGCCCUGACGCGCUGGGUGAAAGCACGCGCCAGCCCCUAUACAUACUUCAAACCCACGUUCAAGACAUCUCUGCUGGGGGCGAUGUUUGGAGUUGCGCCUCUCUUUAUCCUGUACUUCAUCUUCAAGACAGACAGGGAUAGAAAGGAGGCGCAGAUUAAAGCUGGGACCCUCAAGCGCAAGUUCCAAAUGUCGUCAUGAGCUCCGAUGUAUAAAGACUUAUGUUGUAGUGAUCCCACUGCGUGUAAUUAUUAUUAUCCAAAUAAAGUGAAAUUCUCAAAAACAA